UGGGAAGUGGAGGCGCCAUCAGGGAAAGACUUAUUCCAAGUGCCUGUAGCUGAUUGAGUGUCGUCUCUCCCAAGAUGAAACUUCUGCUGAUGUGUCUGGGGCUGACUCUGGUCUGUGCCCAUCAUGAAGGAAACCAUGAUGUUGUGACAAGCAACUUCGAUAUGUCAAAGAUUUCAGGGAAGUGGUAUUCCAUUCUCUUGGCCUCAGACAUGAAGGAAAUUAUAGAAGAAAAUGGUAGCAUGAGAAUUUUUGUGGAAUUCAUUCAAGUCUUGGACAACUCUUCCUUGUCAUUUAUAUAUCUUAAGAAGGUCAAUGGAGAGUGUAUUAAAUUUCCUCUCGUUGCUGACAAAACAGAAGAGAAGGAUGUAUAUAAGAUUAAAUAUGAUGGAUACAAUACAUUUCAAAUUGUUGAAGCCGUCUAUAGUGAAUAUCUUGUUUUUUAUAUAAAAAAUGUCAACAAUGAGGAAGAAACUCAAGUGAUGGAGCUCUAUGCCCGAAAACCAGAUGUGAGCCCAAAACUCAAGGAAAGGUUUAGAAAACUUUGCAAAAAAAAUGGAAUUCCUAAGGAAAACAUACUGGACUUGACCGAAGUCGAUCGCUGUUACCUAGGGAGCCAUGAUGCCCAGGCCUCCAGUGCUGAGUGAAUGCUUCCUCACCUGGGCUCCAGGAUCUUCAUUUUAUGGUUCCUGUGUCAGCCUGUGACAAAGUCUGCGACCUGAUCUCCAUCACUAACAUCCAAGAAGGAAUUAUUUCUGAAUCU